UCGCCCUCUGUGAUUGGUCCAGGCGUCCUGGCAUGUGGAUUUAAAUUUACAGGCAGCGGUCGGUUCAGUUUAUAAUAACUUACAUCUACUGGCGUCUGUUUUCCCAUGUGUUUCACAUUAGAGAUCUAGUACUCGUCUAAAUAUCAGUGUUGGGUUGAAUAAUGGUGGUUAUGGAGGAAAGCCUGAGAACAAUGAUCAGAGUCUUCAGGAGAGAAUGUCACAGGGUGUUAGACUCUGAGAGGACCACCAUCCAAGGGGCUGAUGGGAUGCUAAUGGUCCUACAACUUGCUAUGGCUGGGGUCAACAAGCAGGAACAUGGGGACUUUGGUGUUGCUUUGAGUGAAGUCUUGGCUGCCUGGAAAUACUUCCUUCUGGAUAAGCUCCAGCUAUCCCACAACGAUAUCCCUCUUCCACAAAACUAUGACCUCAUCCGAAAAGAGUAUGACUGCUUUUUGAAACGCACCAAUACUGUGGACUUGAUUGACGUCUUCAUUACGUUCAAGGAGCUUCGAAUAAAUGAGGACCCUGAGGAGCCCCUAACUGCGAUGCAACUGUUUCAGUUUCUCAUCUGUGAAAAGGAGAGUUUGGAGAAAAUGGAUCCACUUCCUGUGUGUCCCGCGACUCCAUCCAACAAGGCUGGAAUCUGCAGUCCACAGGUACAGAGAGUUGUCAGGAGAGUUUUCUGUUCUUAUUUGGGCCUUCUGGUGAACUCUAAGAAUGACUUGGCUCUCGCAUACACUCUGGACAACCCAAAUCGCUCUCUGGGUCACAUCGCCUUCACUGACCUUAGGCACGCUGCCUGCGACAGCACCUCAUCUCUCUUCCUGACAGUUACAUCAUUUGUCAGGGCCAUACAGCUGGGAGGAAAGGGCUAUGCCCCACCUGAGUCUCACCCAUUAAGAAAGCACGUAAAGGGCUUAUCAGAGUUUCUCAAUUUUAUCGACCAGUGUCAAGACGUUUUGGGAGAAACCUCUAAUCCCAGAGAAGCUGGAUUCAAGCUGGUAUCUAGUAUUAGAGCUGCUCUGGUCAAAGGCCGCAGUAAUGGAGACCCAGUGUACCUUGCAGCAGAGGAUACAGCCAAAAGUCUCAAGGAAAGAAUCGGUCAAAUACACACCAUGCAGACGCAUUCAGCUGUUGGCACAGGAAUCAGUCCGGCAAGGCCCAAAGCGUAUGCUAUUAACCACUGCACUGCCUAUGGGGGCCGAGAGACAGUGAAGGUACUAAUGACUCUUUUGGAUGAAGAAGCACUAGCACCGCCCUGCAGGAACAAGGCAGAACUGCUCUCUGAAGAUCAUGCAGUUCUUAAUGGCAGCUCUGGAGCUUGUCUUCUUAACCUUUACAAAUCUCCAGAAGCUCCCACAGGAUCUUCUCCAGAGCCCUUACGGAACCGUGUCUUGAGCCAACAAGAACACAUCAAGUCCAAGGUUGCGCGGCCAACUGUCCGCUCUCAGUUUGCAUGUACAUACAAGGAUGAGAUGCCCCUGAACCGGGUGUUGGAGUUUCCCAGCACCAGCCAACUUCCUACCUGUGUGCACCCUGCACCCAAAAAACCUGUCUCUUUACAUGUGACUCUGGAGGAAGAACCUGAGUCCAGUGGGAUGGACAUCAGCCUUAAAGAGGCCACUAACUUAAGGCAUGAAGGUCCCGGCCAAUCCGCUCUGGGGGAACAUAGUGGAAAUGCUUGGAACCGAGCAGGUGGGAAGGGGACUCAGCCAGAACAGCUCAAAAGAGCAACCGGGACCUCAAAGAGAAAGCUCGCCAAUAGAGAGUGCACCGAGCAAGGAAGAGAAGAGAACCAGCCCCCUCAGAAAAGACCCCCUACCAAGACUCCCGCUGGAGGGCUGGGGAAAAGGAACGUUAAAGCUGCCAGCAAGAAGCUUAUUGCUGGUCAGGGCAAACUCACCGGCUUUUUCAGACUGUAAUUUACUGACCAAUCUCUUGUAAAUUGUGAUGUUCUGCUUUGGCAACUUUGGUGCUCUCUAAAUGCAUUUAAAGUGACAACUUACCUGAAAUUAGUAAUUUAUUCACCCUCAUGUUGUUCUCAACCUUUUAUGUUUAGGUGAAAUAGUCCUUUAAAUGCUUUUUACUGUCCCUUUAACACAAGUCAUGUCACUUUACUCCAGACGCCAUGUGUUUUAAUCUAUUUGUGUGUGCGUGUUUGAGAUGCAAGGGAAAGGGUCAUGAGUUGGCAGAGAAAGAACUGUUGUCAUUUUAGUUGAGGAUUGUGUGACCAUAGUACCUUUCAUGAAUGCAUUCUGUUCCCCUGAAACUUGACUCAUACUUUGCAGAUUGUAAUAAAUUUUUAUUUCAAUUCUUUUAAAUCAUA